AUGGAAUCUUUGAGGGAUCCCAGUAAUGCUGAAGGAGAUGCCGAUGUAUUAGUGAAUGAAGAUGAAAACAAAUAUUUGGGUCAGAUUAGAUAUAUUUUGAAGAAUGGCGAAAAAAUCAAUGACCGAACCGGUGUUGGGACGAUUUCUGUAUUUGGAAUGCACUCCAUUUAUUCGCUUCGAAAUGGUGUCGUUCCAGUAUUGACAACCAAACGAGUCUACUGGAAAGGAGUUGUUGAAGAAUUGUUAUGGUUCAUUCGAGGAGAUACAAAUGCAAAGCAUUUGUCUGAAAAAGGUGUCAAGAUUUGGGAUGCCAAUGGAUCUCGACAAUUCCUAGACCAAUGUGGCUUCAAUGAUCGGUCUGAAGGAGAUUUAGGGCCCGUUUAUGGUUUCCAGUGGCGACAUUGUGGUGCUGAAUAUCGAGGUAUGGAUGCUGACUACACCAACCAAGGUGUCGACCAGUUAUCUGAAAUCAUUAAUCUGAUCAAAAAUGAACCACACAGUCGUCGUAUCAUACUCAAUGCCUGGAAUGUUAAAGAUUUGAAGCAGAUGGCUUUACCACCUUGUCAUACUCUUGCUCAAUUCGCGGUGCGUAGUGGUGAACUUUCAUGUCAGUUAUAUCAACGUUCCGGAGACAUGGGUUUGGGAGUGCCUUUUAAUUUAGCGAGCUAUGGACUUCUGACGCAUAUGAUAGCACAUAUCUGUGAUCUUAAGGCUGGUCAGCUAUGUCAUGUUUUGGGCGACGCUCAUGUAUAUGUGAAUCAUGUUGACGCUCUGCAAGAACAGCUCAAACGUCAGCCGCGACCGUUUCCUACUGUUCGAUUCGUUGGAAAUAUCAAGACAAUAGAUGAUUUCACUUAUGAUUCAAUUAUUCUUGAAAAUUACCGGCCGAUGCCAACAAUUAAAAUGGCAAUGGCAGUGUAA